AUGGCAUUGAAACUAAAAGGAAUUCCCACAAUUUUUGGGGAAACUUUUGAGAAAAAUGUCACCUUCUGCGUGGACACAUCGGGAAGUAUGUUUAAAGGCCUGGAUGUGGUCAAAGAACAUUUGGUGGAAACUCUGUUAAAACAUGCUCAGAAGAGUCAGCCAACAUCAUUUAAUAUAAUAGAGUUUAAUUCAGAAGUGACACAGUGGGCAGAUAAGAUGGUAAAAUGUAGUGCUGAAACUGUUGAAGUAGCUGCAGAAUGGGUGAAAAGACUAAGUGCAAAAACUGGGACCAAUACCAUGGAUGCAUUGCUGACUGCACUCGAGGAUCAUGGUUGUGAGGCAGUCUACCUUGUUACAGAUGGCCUGCCAGAUCAACAUCCUGUGGACAUCCUUGAUCAGGUGACAAAUGCUGUGCGAGGCCGUCCAAUUCACUGUAUCUAUCUUUGUUCAGAAGAUGCCAUGGACACAUCUGCAAUUGAAUUUCUUGAAGAUCUAUCUGUCGAGUCCUAUGGAUCUUUCCAUAUUAUCACUUUGACCCAACAUGGCUGUGUAGAACGUAUCACUCCAAUCUACAGGGCAGAUCAUGCUCACGAGCGAAUUAUAAGAACAUUAAAUGGAACGUUACAUAACCAUGCAAAACAAUGCAGUGUAGCCACGACUCUAAAAGUGGAUCCUGAAGAAUCCCUCGCACUUACACCACGGGUUUCCUUUUUCAACCAGUACCCGGGGUAUCCCGGUUAUCCUGGUAACCCCUAUGUUCAUCCUGCAUGGGGCAGUUGGUUCAUGCAACCAUACCGUUAUUACUUUCCUAAUGGAUGGAGUCGGUAUCGCCCUGCACGAGGAUGGCUUAAAUCACAAGAAACAAUGUUGGAUCACAUCGAGAAUUCUGGUGUAUCUCCAGCUGCUGGAGCCCUUUUGAUUGGCAAGCGAGUUCUGGCACGUCGAAUUGACGAUGGAUAUUUCUAUCUCGGCACCAUCAAAAGCCAGAUUUUAUCCGAUAAAUUCUUGGUCGCUUUUGGUCCAUGUAAACACGGAAAAUAUAAGGAAACAACAUAUCAGGACACAUUUGUUUACGAUCUGGUGGACUACGAAGACGCCAAGCGCCAUACUAUCAUCACCUCAGACAAAGUGCUGGCCCCAUGGGAACCCCAAGGGGAGAGGUUCGGGCCUGGUGUUGUCAUAGAGGGACACGAGAAAAGGGGUUCUGAGGGUCCUGAUGACCUACAGAUUACUGUCACAUUCUCUAAUGGACGAACAGAGCGAGUUGCUGCAGACACUGCACUUUGGGUCCCAGAGGAGGUAUACGAACGUCUAGUACUGGAACUGAAAAUGCCACGAGAAGCAAGAGAAACCCUUCAGACUCACCCUCACUACCCACUGGAGAACCUCCCAGGCUAUCCCACCUCUGGCCCCCAAGCUGAGCCUCGUGUAUUUGAGCAGCCCCACCCAGUGACCUUUGAUGUAGACAGUACUAUUGGGAGUCUGUCUUGGCAGUACCCUUACACUCCGGGGUACCCUGUACAACUCAAACAGCCACAGACCUCCAUCAAAUCUGCUGUUAGUAGCAAUGACAUGAACAAACUUGUACCAGGUACAGACAUGACUCAGGGACAACUUGAUGAAAAAAUCACCUCACAACUGAUGGAGCAUAAGUUAAUCAUAAAUACAAAACAGAGUGACAGACAAAAUGAGGAAAAAGCUGCCCGAGAGGAGAAAUCAUUAGAUAUAGAGAAGGAAGAACAAAAGAAUGAAAAACAGUUGAUGGAAGAAAGUGAAAAAGCUUUGAUCAAGGCACAGCAGAAGGAAAGAACAGAGGAAGAUCUGGCAGCAAGAAUUCAAGAACUGGAACAACAGCUGGAGUUAGAACGACAGAAAGAACAAAACAGACAAACAGAGAAAGAUUUAGAGUUAAGACAACAAAUGGAGGCUGAUCAGUUAGAGUGGGAACGACAGAUGGAAAGAGAACGUUUACUGAGGAAGCGAGAGAAGCAAGAAGAAAAUAUUCUUCGAAAGUCAGUCACUUUUAAGGAUGAUGUGCAGUUGGAAGAUCUCGACAAGUCAGCUGAGGAACAAGCCAAAGAGGAAAAGAUGGAAGAAGUCAAAUGUGAAACUCCUCCUCUGCCCAGGGAAUGCUUUGAUUACAAAUUCUUUGCUGGUGAAGACAACAGAUUUGCUGAAUCUCUUCCACGGCGUCGAAGGGAAUCUCCCCCAAGAAGGUCUCAUUCCCCUCGCCAAAGAUCCAAGUCCCCACCAAGAAGAAACCGAUCUCCUGCCAGGGAUUUUAAUGUAAUCUACCGCCGCCCAGGGUCAGCCAAAAGGAGCCAGAACAAGGCCCCUUGGAUAAAAUACUGGGGUAGUGACUGUGCCCCUGAAAUGAUUGGUCCUAACAGACCAGGUCCAUUUAGGGAAACAGCCCUUCAAGCUCCCUUAGAGGCCAAAGAUCACAGCAGAAUGCCACCCUAUAGUGUUGAGUGGGCAAAUUCAGCAUUCAAGUAUGUUGACCCGUACGCAAAACACUGUCAUGCAUCUAAUGUGGAGAUGUUAAUGAAACCCAAGUACCAGAAUGCUAUGUUCCCACCUCAUCGCCCUUCACAGCCCCAAGUCACACGCAGCAUGUCAGCAGACGCCAAGGAGGCAGCAAGGAGGGAGUUCAGGAGGAAGAAAGUUGUCCAGCGACAGGUUGACUGGAAUCAGCGACUCUACCAACAGGAUCGGAUGAAGGAGCUGAUGCAGGAUAACCAUCGGGAACGUAUUAUGGCUCAACUGGAACACGACCGACAACGGCUAAUUAAUGAGGAAAGGAUGGUUCACCAGUCAAGAGAAGCCAAAAAACAAAUUAGUGCUGAGCUUAGGUCAAAACGUGAGGAAGUCAAAAAACAACAAGAAGAACUCCGAAUUAAACGAAUUGCAGCAAUGAGAGAAAGAAGGGAGAAGAGAGAAAUAGAACAUGUAAAGAAGGAAGAGGAAACAGUAGCUCUAGCAGAGCAGAGACAGCAAGCUCGAAUUCAAAACUCCCAAAAACGCUGGGACCAACAUCAACAACGCCUUGAAUCGGAGCAAGUUCAAUUCAGGCAGCAUGCAUCACAAGUCCUAAAUGCUAAGGUGAACAGGAUUGAACAUUUCCGGAGUCUAGAGGAAGAAGGACAGCGAAGAAAGGAUUUGCGCAUAGCUGUCUCAGACCAGCACCUAGCAAAUUAUCGUUCACAGGUUUUGCCAUGA